AUGUCGAAGAAAAAAUACAAUUUUAGAGAUGUAUCUUACGGCUUACAAAAGCUAAGAAACUUUUUACUCGGAAGAAAACAUACACUGCAUGGUCGUUUUCCUCCUUUAUUGGCUCCACGUACUAUUCCACCAGCUGAGAUUCCAAGGGGACCAGAUUUUAAAUAUUCUGACAAAUAUUACUUUAAAAGAAAUGCUUUUAAUUCAGUUCUGCCACCAGUUGUUGCACCAGUAGGGGAAGGUCCCCCUAUUUUGAAGGAUCCAGUUAAAAAAAUAGCUUCUACGGUUAUUCCUCCAGAUGCCAUAUGCUUUAACUAUGCUCCAACACCUGGCCCUACAUGGUGGUGGGAUGGUCACUGUUAUUAUGAAAAUGUCCCGGAUCCGAUUUGUGCCCCUCAGCAAAGUGCUUCGCCUUGUCCACCUUCACCUGAACAACAACAACAAAAAUAAUUAAGAACAGAAAAAUAUACA